CCUAAUUCAUUUCAAAACAGCUGUUUAGCAAGGGACGCAAGCGUGGUAUUCGGUUUGAAAGUGAAGCAUGGCAGCUGCAAUGCAGGGUUGUGUUAAAACUUAAAAAAUAAUUUAUGUGUAUUAAAUUAUAGUGUUUUUAUAAGAACUGUUUUGGAGACUGACAUAAUUGCAUGUGUGGUUUCCUUGUAGUAAAUGUUAAAAAACAACGUGCUAAUUAUAUUGAGCGCCGUCCAAAACAUUCCCACCAGUAUCAGUGACGUCUCUUUUUCUUCAUCUAUAAAAACAGCCAGACCACGACGACUGACUUAUAUCGUCCGCACAAUUAUUGUCAACCAGUAAAUAGCACGUACGUGUACCGUACGUGCGUGUUAAGUCCGCUGUGUGAUUGUGUGUAUUGCGUACGAAAUAAAAGUGACUGGCUCAGUCGAGCCGCCCACCAACCCGCCCCACUCGCAUAAGCCGGCAAGCAAGCAGUUUGUCUUACCGCAACCGUCUUCUCUUCCAUCAAUGAGUCGUGCGACGACCUUCUAAUUGUAAGACACAGUUCUAAGACUGUUAUGGGGUCAUUGGCCAUGCACUUCGUCGAUGGGAAGAGGUGCCCUGGACGCAGCGAUUGUGCGAUCGUAAGUAGGAGUCAAGCUCGAAUGAUCGGUAAGGAAAACGUGGUCCUCCAGGACUAUCGACGCGCUACGAACGGAGUGUGGAAACUACUUCCGAUUAGUGAAGAAUGACUUAAGUGCUAGUUCGUGACAAACAAAUCGGUUUUCGUAAAGUGAACGUUUCGAUGGACGGAUUCUUCAUGUGUUAACAUUUAAACCUUGAUGGUACAUUGGUAGUAUUGAGCUUGAAAAAUAUUUCGUAAUUAUGGUGCUACAUGGUGUUUCUUUGGAUGGUUCAUGAAAUUUUAUAUUUUCUCGAAUAUUAAGGAAUACAAUGGAAAUAACGUAAACGGUAUAUUUGAGAAUAGAGUUUCGAGCUUAUCUAAUUUUUGUUUAGAGUGAUAGGGGGAUUAGGUUGUGAGAUUUUUAAGUGCCACAUCUACGGUUGCUUCCUGAUAAUAAAGGGUGUUUGUUGAAGUUUGAGGAAUUUUAUGAUCUGUUAAAUUCUCUAUUGCAAUUUAGUUUACUGUUAAAAAAGGAAAAGUGAUUGUAACAGAAUGGUACUCGACUAAAGCUUUAUGGUUUCUAAAUCGUCUGUCUGAGGAUAAUUAACUCCUUCCACCGACCUUGACAUGAACAGGCUUCAUUGCUUCGGAAAUAUAGAAACAUGCAUUUGUUCUGAUCUAUAUCAGCGAAUACUUAUUUUGAAAUUGAAGAUAAUUCUUCUAUUCUCCAAUUCUUCGUGCUAUUGAGGUUAUUGCUUGUUUGCGUUCAUGCGUUCUUCGGAUAAUCGCUGUUCUUCCGACUCGUCCUUGAGCAUGGAGAGUGAAAGUGGAACGAAACCGCGUCGUCUAAGUCAAAUAUUCGAUCCGCUAACGCGGCUUCAUGAACUUACUCGCGAAACGCGUUCAACCCCGUCCAGCCCGCGUCUAUUACCUCGAAGGAAGGGUAGCGAACAACCGAAGCAACAAGGACCCAUCGUGCAACCCUUUGCUGCUUACGAAAUGUUGGACGGGAGUUCGGGAUUGCACCGUCAUCACUAUGAGCCCAACCAGGAGCCCAUUAACUGGCAAGAGAGAUGCCUGGAACUUCAACUCGAACUCCAUAGAAGUCGGACUCAAGCUACCAGGACACGGGAUAUGCUUCGGGAAAAGGUAAGAGAGGAUAUGCGACAUUCUGCAUGCAAUGUGUGGUAAGUUCUUAGCUUACAA